AUGCCGUUCGGGCAUCGCGGCCGACUCGACUCGCCCGGCUUCACCAAGUGCACGCCACCCCUGGACGACACCACUGCCACAGACGACCCAUCGACCUGGGCGCCCUGGACGCACCGGCCCGUGUGCAUCAACUCGACCAAGCUCGAAGUGAUUCAUCAUGAUGCAGGCGGUGAUAACGAGAGGAAUGCAGGCGUCCCAGAGGCGGCCCGAGCUGAUGAUACGCGCAGGUUCUGCGUGUACACAAACGUGCACCUCGGGGAUGGCGGUCUGAGCAUCAUCACCACCCCGGAGCAGGCCGCCGACAGCCUACACCUAUUCGAGGACCCGAACCUGCCUGCCGCGCUGUACUCGGCAGCCAACGACGGCGGCGGCGCCCAGCGGUACAAGGUCGUCGACAUUCCCGAGAAGGGCGGCAAGGGCGUGGUGGCCACACGCGCCAUCAGGCGCUUCGAGCCCAUCAUACUCGAGUCCGGCGUCGUGCUGGCGGACACGGACUUCCCUCGCGCGGUGGAGAGGACGGCCGGGUACAGGCUGCUGCACGAGGCUGUCGAUCGGCUGCCCGAGGCCACAGUGAGGGCGGUCAUGGGGCUGGCGAGGGGCAGCGCUUUUGCGCGGGACGAGGUCGAGGAUGUGCUGCGGACGAAUGCGUUCGCGGGGGAGCUGGGUGGACAGCCGCACAUGACGCUGUUUCCGGCUGUUUCGGUCGCCAAAGUAGGUGAACUGUCGGGUAGGCUCCAGAUGUUCAAGGCAAUGGCUGACGUUUUGAAUCCCAGUGCAUUUCCACGGUUCUCGCGCCGAAGCGUCGUGACCGCCAUCGUGGCGGCCCGCGAUAUCAAGCCCGGUGAGGAGAUCACCAUCACCUACUCAACAACAACAAACCACAUAAACGCCCUCCCAGACUCCUCCCUCGGCCUGCCCUAUGACGAGCGCCAAGAGCGCCUCAAAACCGUAUGGGGUUUCGAGUGCACGUGCGACCAGUGCGCUGUCCUGGAGCCCGAGCGCGCCGCGUCGGACCGGCGGCUCGCCGACGUGCAGCGCAAGCGGCGCGAGAUCGUCUCGGCCAUCGGUACCCGCGACGCGGCCCGCGCCGUGCGCCUCUGCCACGAGGUCCUGGACGCGCUGGCGACCGAGGACCUCCCUGCCCUGUUCGCGGAGGAGUACGAGGUCCUGGCCAGGGUCCACCACCUGGUGGGCAGGGACGCGGACGCGGUCAGGUACGCGCGCAUGGCGCUCAAGGUGCUGGGCCUCUAUGGGAGCCUGGACCGGGAUGACGAGUACGUCGCCGUUGAGGGGUUGCUGAGCGCCUUUUCCAGACCGAGGGUGCCGGCGGGCGGGGAGAGUCCAGGGCGGUAG